CAUCUCGCUCUGCUCGCCUCCCUGCCUCUUCAACCUCCCCAAACAACGCCCGUCUCGAGUGCGCUGCGGUUGUGGUUUUUGGCUUCUUCUCCAUCAUCUUCUCCCGGCUUGGGGCUUGGUUGCUUGGUGUGGCUGAGCUGAGCUGAGCUGAGCUGAGCUGAGCACAGGGUCUUGCUUGGUUGCUUAGUCACCUGGAGUGUCACUAUCUGUCUCUGCUUUUUUCCCCCCAAACUUCUCUGUGCGUGUGUGUGUGUCCUUUGCUUUUCCUUUUAGGCUUUUGCUUUCCCAACCUCUUCUCGGCUUCAAUAAUGAAGGUGGAGCAGUAGUAGACUAGUGGGUUCGUUCGUUUGUUCUUGAAGGCUUCUCCUCCCGUCUCGUCUCGUCUCCACUGCUGUUCCAAAAUCCAAAUCCACCUGCUGCUUUCUUUCCUUUUGCUGAUCAUUUAUUCUUCCCGGGGUAAUUUCGUCUACAGGCAGUGGGUAGCGCUUUCCCUUCUGUCUUCAGGUGGUGUUGAUGCAGAGUGCUUGAGGAAAGUAUCCUCUCUUGCUCUUGGCCGCCAUUAGGUUCUCAGUCAGGAUUGACUCGAUUGUGCCCAAAUAGGCUCCGUUUUCUGGUUGGGAAUUGGGUCAACUGGGAGCUGUUGUCUUAGGGGUAGGUUUCUUUCUUCCAGUUGAGCUGAUUGGAAGGUGUUCGGGAGCUGUGAACUGGGUCAAUUGGGAUGCUUCUGGACGCCAUGAUGAUGGAGCCGAGGAAGGGAUUGAUGGGGAGGGAGAGGGAGAGGGAUCAAUUCCCCGUCGGCAUGCGGGUCCUCGCCGUCGACGAUGACAGGGUGUGCCUCAAGGUUCUUGAGGGCCUCCUUCGCCGCUGCCAGUACCAUGUCACAACAACCAACCAGGCUAUUACUGCACUCAAGCUGUUAAGGGAGAACAAGGACAUGUUUGACCUGGUUAUCAGCGACGUCCAUAUGCCUGAUAUGGACGGCUUCAAGCUCCUCGAGCUCGUUGGGCUUGAAAUGGACCUCCCUGUCAUCAUGUUAUCGGUGAAUGGCGAAACAAAAACUGUACUGAAGGGGAUAACUCACGGUGCCUGUGACUAUCUCCUAAAACCCGUUCGCAUCGAAGAGCUUCGGAACGUGUGGCAGCAUGUGGUGCGGAGGAAGUUCAGUAACCGUGAAACCAAUAAUCUUGAUUUCUCCAAGGAAUACAGCAAGCAUCCCACCACAGAUUCGUACCAUGGGCUCAGCCAGGUUGCCUCUGGGUCCUCUGACCAGGGUGGUAGCAGAGCAAGCAAGAAGAGGAAAGAACCGCAUAGAGAAGAGGAAGACGAAGACGAAGGCGACGACAACGACAACGAUGCUCAAGACAACGAUGAGCCCUCGGGGUCCAAGAAGCCAAGAGUUGUGUGGUCAGUGGAGCUGCAUCGGAAAUUUGUUGCGGCGGUCAACCAUCUCGGAAUUGAUAAAGCUGUACCGAAAAGAAUACUUGAGCUUAUGAACGUGGAGAAGCUCACUAGGGAAAAUGUUGCGAGCCAUCUGCAGAAGUACAGGCUAUACCUCAGACGGCUAAGUGUUGUGGCAUCACAGCAAGCUAGCAUUGCUGCUGUUUUUGGAGGUAGAGAUCCCUUUUUGCACAUGGGAGCAUUUGAAGGGCUUCCUAGUUAUCAACCUUUUGCCUCUUCUGCUGGUAUUCCAUCUUUCAAUCCACAUGGACUGCUAAGUGGUGUUGGUACAGCAGCAUUUGGGCUUCAGGACCUUGCUCCUUCCAAGGCAAUUCAGUGUGCUAGCAGCAAUGGUGCAGUAAGCCAUUGCAUUGGCGAUACAAACAAAUUCCACAUUGCAAAUUUACAAGAAAACCAACAAGCCAAUUUGGCCCAAGGCUUGACCGCUCCCCUUGGGCAGCCCCAGCUCCAACAGAAGUGGAUCCAUCAAGAAACCAGUGAUCUGUCUUCUUUCUUUUCUGGUAGUGCUCUGGCUAACACAAUGUCGGGCACUCUCCAAAGAGUUACAAGCAGUUCACUUCCACCAGUAGAGCUUUUGGAGUGCACACAGAUCAAAGUUGGAGCCCAUUCAUCAAUAAGAAUACCACCUGCAAGUUCAGGACUGCUUGAAAGGUCUGUUGGGCUUUCCCCUAAUUUGCAGGAUUCUAGUAUAUCCCAGCAGUGUGCUAUUCCAAUUGAUGAUCGAUUUUCUGUUAACAAGUUACCAUUACACAUCCCGUUUGUUGAUGUCAGCACGACAAAACUGGAUGCUAGCUUUGUGGCUCCAGAACAAGAUAUGGACCAAAAGGGGAAGUUUCCAGAAAGAGUGACAGUUCUCCCUUCUGAGAGCCUUAUAGCAGCUGACCGGAGCAAAUGUGGAACUCGUUCUUCUGGCAGUACAAUGCUGCUCCUUUCUGAUACCGAGAGACAUUCAAAAUACUUAAAGUUUGGAGUUGCAAGCAAUUCUAGACAUGGAAUAGAUGAAAUGGUUAAUGGAAGUUUUAACUACAAUGGUGGUGCCAGUGUGCCUGAACAGAAUGAUGUGUAUGAUUUCGGAAACUCAAAGCUGCAUGGUGGAUUUAAUUCUAGUAGCUGCAAUUUUGAUGGCCUUCUCAAUUCCAUAAUAAAAGUGGAGAAUGAUGAUGUGCCGUUCGCGGAUAACGACCUGGGGUGUGAACUUUUUCCACUUGGUGCCUGCAUAUGACAGCUGGGGAGUAUUAUUUAGGCUAGUCCUCCACAGACAAGAGGAGACUGUACAGUUAUGCUUAGGAGUAUUUAUCAGCUAGGCUUGUGUACACUAGAUAUUUCUGAAUUCUGAUAGCUAGCUAUGGAUUCAAUGGCUUGUACUAUUCUGUACUUUCUCCUAUAAAGUAGCCAUUGAAAGUGAUUAUGCUCAGAUCAUCACCAAGAAGCGAAAUAUAUUUCUGUAACCUCAGCCCCAUAUCUAAUGAAACAUGUGCCAGAUUUCCUA